GACAAUAAAUAAGCAAGGCAUAGGAUGUUCCGCAUAUCCCAUCUGAACAUGUGUUAGUAAGUCCAGUGUGUGCUUUACAGUGGUGGUCCUGUAGAGAGCGGUAUAGUUUUAAUAAGUGCUUACACAGCCCUGCGUUCCCUUUACUGUACUGUACAUAUGCGGAGGGAGGAGCGACCGUGUAGUAUUUCUUUUUGGUUCUUUCCCCCCUGUCGUUGCAGCACAUCCAAACGCUACUGGAAGACAGCGGAAAAAAGGGGGAUAAACUGUUAAUUUUGGCAGAGCAGAUUCCUACAGGAAGUGGGGCUGGUUGUUGCGCGUGAGGACGGAGAUAAUUUGACGGUACGAGGCGCAGUAAAGGCAGCACCUUGGCGGAGGACCGGAGCUUCGGACUGCCGUAGCCAGUCCGCUGCUGCUACACUUGUGCACAAACCAGAGGAGCCCUGCUAACUUUCUCCCGCUUUCCGCCCUAAUGCUCUGAUAUCCCACUCGAACUGGUGUCCAAACCGCGUGGGGUUGCCAACGAGUUCCCUGAGGCCUAAGUUUGGAUGAACGCUGGGAGCAAAUGUAAAGAAACACCACUAGAGCGACUGCGACAGGCCACGACGGGCGGAGACGAGGCGGACCACACCACACAGGAGGGCUGGGGAAAUCAUUAACCACAUACAAACACAUACAAUAUGACAGUGUGAAUCACUCAUCGCCGUCUCCAUCCCUGGGAUAGACGCCCUCCUCCAGGCCAGAUUUCACCUCCGCAGAGCUUCCAAGAGCAUCGCUGUCUUGUAGCUUCACACCGAGCCAGACCACACCGACCUCACAGGGGGCUCACUCCCUCUGGAGACCCCUCCCCAGACCAGGGGAAGGGACCCUCUCAUGUGUAACUGACUGCACCCCCCCCAACUAGCGAAUGACAAGCGUACAUCCGAGGGUGGGGCUUGCCUCAGUCUCUCAUGAUUGGCCACUGGAUGGAAUUGAGGUGAAUGGAACACAUGUCCAACGAGCAGGACUCUAACCCAUCAGAGGGAGAAGAGAAACGGUGGCUCAAUGGCCCGAAAAGGAAGAGGAAGAACAGCCAGUGUUCGGUGAAGAGUAUGACUGGGUACAUACCUAGCUACCUCGAGAAGGAUGAGCCAUGUGUGGUAUGCGGGGACAAAGCCACAGGUUAUCACUACCGCUGCAUUACCUGCGAGGGCUGCAAGGGUUUCUUCCGUAGGACCAUUCAAAAGAACCUCCACCCCACGUACUCCUGUAAGUACGAUGGCUGCUGCAUCAUCGACAAGAUCACCCGCAACCAGUGUCAGCUCUGUCGCUUCAAGAAGUGCAUUGCUGUCGGCAUGGCCAUGGACUUGGUGCUGGAUGACUCGAAGCGGGUGGCUAAGAGGCGUCUAAUUGAGGAGAACAGGGAGCGACGCAAGAAGGAGGAAAUGGUGAAGUCUCUGCAGAACCGUCCAGAGCCCACUGGGGCUGAGUGGGAGCUGAUCCGCUCGGUGACUGAGGCCCAUCGACACACCAAUGCUCAGGGCGCCCACUGGAAACAGAAGCGCAAAUUCCUGCCAGAAAAAAUCGGUCAGUCACCGCUCGCCCCCACGUCAGACGGAGACAAGGUGGACCUGGAGGCCUUCAGCGAGUUCACCAAGAUCAUCACUCCUGCCAUCACCCGCGUCGUCGACUUUGCCAAAAAACUGCCCAUGUUCUCCGAGCUGCCUUGUGAGGAUCAGAUCAUCCUCUUGAAGGGCUGCUGCAUGGAGAUCAUGUCGCUCCGAGCUGCCAUGCGCUACGACCCAGAGAGCGAGACACUAACACUGAGUGGAGAGAUGGCAGUUAAACGUGAGCAACUGAAGAACGGCGGCCUGGGUGUUGUGUCGGAUGCCAUCUUUGACCUAGGCAAGAGCCUGGCGCAGUUCAACCUGGAUGACACAGAGGUGGCGCUGUUGCAGGCCGUGCUGCUCAUGAGUUCAGACCGCACUGGCCUGACAUGUAUGGACAAGAUAGAGAAAUGCCAGGAGACCUUCCUGCUGGCAUUUGAGCACUACAUCAAUUACCGAAAGCACAACAUUCCCCACUUCUGGCCUAAGCUCCUGAUGAAGGUGACUGAUCUGCGGAUGAUCGGGGCAUGCCACGCCAGCCGCUUCCUUCACAUGAAGGUGGAGUGUCCCAACGAACUCUUCCCUCCGCUCUUCCUGGAGGUCUUUGAGGACCAGGAAGUGUGAAACAGCAGUUGCCACAACUGAAACGGAAGAGGCAAACUGGGCGAUGGGAAGGGCCAUCAUUUUCAAAAGGGGAAGGAUGGAGGGAGAGUCCUCGGCAGGAAUUAUUUCUCCGACAUCACAUUAAGUGGUUUUAAAACUGGAAACAACAAUAACAAAACAACACACCAGCAGCAGGAGAGUCAAACAAACAAAGGAUUUUGUUUUUUUGAAAACCCUCUCCUCCACCUCUUUCUCCUCCUUUUACUUACCCCUGUUUUAAAAUCCGAGUGGGGGCCCUUCUGUCUGAGCAUGAUGUCUUAUUUAGUAAGAGUUGUAGCCAUUUGCCAAGACACGUACACAGAUCCAGAAACGCACACACUAACACACACAUAUGUAUACACAUCCACAGCCUGUUCCACCUCAGUUCUUUUACAGGGGCCUGUUUUACACGGCCCUUUGGUUCGUUGUAGUGGUCAAAGAUCACCUGUUUUUUGAAGCCCAUGUCUUCAGCUUCCAUGCUGACCAACACCUCUCAGUAUUAUUUCUGAAUAAGUGUUAAGGGAGUAAUUCAGAAUAAUGGAUAACAUAUAAUGCUCAGUCAUACAGGCACACAAACAUUCAGUGAACACUGCACAUUGAAAUUUCCACAGAUGCUUUGAAGCAUUAAACUGGUGUAUAAUGGCUGCUGUAAAAGCAAAGCUACCAGACCUAGUUAAUAAGUCCUCAACUCUAUCUGAGCCGUUACAGCUGUUUUGGAGCUUCUUCUUGUUCUUAGAUCCCUGUUAAACUGGUGCUAUAUUUUACGAGGCUCCUCCAGUUUUAUGAAAUUGUGUUAUCUACUUUUGAAAAAAGAUGCAGACCAUGGCUUCAUAUCUACCUUCAUUUCUGUCAUUGGACCACCUCCUGUGACAUACAGCGCACACACACACACACACACACACACACACGCACACACACUUGCACACACAUUUGCUUUGUCAUUGCCUUUGCUGCUUGUGCCAGCAGCCUAACAUCUUAUGAAUGACAAUUAAGUCCUUCUCUUUUCAAGGAGGCUCUGAACUCAAGGCAAGAAAGAAAGAAUAGAAGAAAGGCAAAAAGGGAGACACUCAGAAGGCGAGAAGAGGAGAGGGGAGGAGAGGAGAGAGGAGAGGAGCACAGAUAGAGCAAGGGAAUACAAUUUAAUAGCUGGACUGUAGAUUCAGAGCCAAGGGUCAGAGGUAAAUCCAUGCUGACUCUCACAUCCAGCCUCUUAGGAGGGUUUAAAUUGCAAUGACCGGUAGCAAGGCAACAAAGCUCAUGUUACACACUCUCUCUCUCUCUCUCUCUCUCUCUCUUUGUAUCUCUCUCAAACACUUUAACAUAAAAACACACAGCAUCACCUCAGAGUAACGUGAAUGCCUCAUUUUACUGUACGCACUGCACAGCAGUGUCAGUAUACAGCCCUAACCUGCAGGGUUUGUACAGAGUCCUCUCCUCAUGGACUCAGCUCAGUGUGGCCCCUCCAGGCUUCCAUACACAUAUGCCUUUUUUUACCAUGGGCGUCACUGAGAGCAGGCAAAAUGCCAAGAAGGCUACCAUUUACCUCAGAGUGGACACACCCCCAGGCUGGGGUAGCAGAACUGCCCCUGUGGUGUCAGGCACUACCUCACCUCUCUGGACACAGGGCAGCUGCCCACAGCGUACACACAGACAUACACCGUUCAAGUUGGCGCAUGUGUAGAGCGACACACACACACAAAUGUGCAUAAUUCUUUGUGUAGGUGCACACUUGUAGACAUGAAAAGACAAAAACAUUCAUGGCACACACACAUACACCCCUCAGUGCUAUCACUUGGUUGAAAUGAAAUACCACUGAAGACAGGAGGGCCAGCCAUCCCCCUGGACUGUAAGGUUUCUCCAACUCCAGGGGAUGGUACCCAUUACAUUUGGGUUAUAUCUUUUUUUUUUCCUUUUUUGUUAUGUGGGACCAAGUGUCAUCUUUAAAAAUUUGGAAUCACUUAUUCUGUCAAAAAGCAACUCAGAGAAGGACAGUGUGGAUGUAGAGUGCAGCGGAUACGCAUCGAACGAAGACAAUAGAAACAGAGCAUAUAGAGUAACUGAAAACCCAUGGUGGCCUCGCCCACUGAAUUAGUAUGCAUAGAAAUGGCAGCAGUUUACUUCUGCAUCAUGCUAAUCUUCCAUGGUACACUUCUAAUAUGUGCCACUGGAUAUUGUUAAAGUUCUCACUAAAGUAGGAUUUCUUUUAUUACAACUCAUCAGCUCUUUUGGUCUCUUGCACUUUAUUAGUGCCCACAACAAUAACUGUUAGAUCACACAUUAAAUAUCCAUGGCAAAUUGGCAGUGUACCAGCUAAACGCCUAUUUGAUUAUGAUUAUUAUCUAAUAAUAACAGGCCACUCUGUUCAUUCCAAUUCUUGGGGCCAAGCCAAAGCUAACUGGGUUUACCACUCUCCACACAAGAAGAGGAUAAAAGAUGAGAGAGACUGAAAUUAUUUUAUACUGAAAGCAGUAGAUUGUACUGGGCACUUGUCCUCAGUGGCUGUUGUUCACCUCUCAGAAGAAGCAAAGAAGAGCAAUGUAUGGUAGAAUCAUGGGUACUUGUAAUAGAUGGCCAAGCCUCACUAGCUUCAUUCUUUGGAGCAUUGCUGGGAGCUGAGAGGAACUGGAAAAACCACACCUCAACUUAACCUGACCUGCCCCAGCUCAAAAGAGACCCCUCAAAGCACUUCACUUCACAUCACAUGCCUUUGCCCCGCCCUGCUAGUCCACGAUGACGCCAUUUCUGGAGCACAGCUCAAACUGAAAUGCACCGUCACCGUCGUCACGGCCCCCACCCAGCCAGGCUGGUGGGAGUUUUUGCACUAAUCAGUGGUUCUCCCUUCUUGAUUGGCUCUUAAUUAAUUCAGAUGUUAGUCAGCCCCAUGAUGCCACUGCCCUUUACCCACCUUCAGUGGGCAUCUUGACCUGCUCUGUUUAACAGAGGCUGACAGUCGCAGUGGGCCCAGUCCCAAACCUGUCACAGUGUCAGUAUUAGACAGCACAUUAUCCCCACGCCCAACUAAUUAUCAAAUCCAGGGGUAGAGAGAGGUCCUGCUUUAGAUUUGCUUAUUUUUCCUGUAUAUUUUCCAUCUUUCCUGUAGUUCCAAGUUAACAUUUCAUUUCUCAACCUUUUCCAAACAGUGUCCCUGCCACCAUCCUCUUCCUCUCUCCCCCUCCCCUCUUCCCUAGCUUUUCACCCACUGAUCUCUGAGUGAUUUUGCCCCUAAAUCAUUGACACCAAACAAAAUCCAGGCCUCUUCCUUGUAAGACAAGGCUGGCCAUAACUGCCCUUGAAAGCGGCGCCACCGAAUGAAUGUGAACAGCAGAGCAGCAGUGAUGAAAAGAGAGACUGAGCGUGAGAAUGUGAGGAUGUACGAGAAGAACGAAGAAAGUUUGGGACAAGGAGAAAAAGCAGAGGGUCUGAAACCCUCACUGCCAUUAUUGACAUGGGUCAGAGAGGGUGAUGUGGCGGGUUGUAAAAGACGAUGACAACAAACACUCAAAGGAAGGGGAGAUGGCAAUGGAGGAAUAUGUACGGUCUCCCUUUCGUUUCCACAACCGCCCCACAUCAGCCUGUACUCCUAUGACAGCUGGCAACCCCAAAUGUCCCCCCUCAGCUCCUUCCAAAAGGAUAACCUCCAACGCUCAUAUGGUGAGGAUCAGAAAAAGAUCCCGCAUUCCAGAGAUGCAGGUUUGGAUCAUGUCCUUGUAAAAGAACUGUAAAAGAGAAAAAAAAAACUAUUGUUGUCCUUUGAUCUUGUGAGCUGACUGGGUAUGUGUGUGUGACAGUCGGGGUUAAAAUGCUGCUUUACCUUCUGAGUCUGAUUUAGAAAAAGAAAAAAGAUAUAUGAAAUUAUUAUAAAUUCAUGAAACAAAAUGAAAAGAGAUGACUUUUAAAAAAAAGACUCCUGAACAAAAUUAUUGGAGAUUGAGCUUUUUUCAUUUUAUCAUUGUUUUCGUAUUUUUCUGUUUGUUUUUUGAUGCUUAAACUGCUCUGUGUAAAGGAAAAAAAAACAGCUGUCGUCACUUUUGACCAUGCGUGCAGUGUAACAUAGAAAAUAUUUCACUUCUUUUUCACAUCUGUAGUUUGUGUUGAUAAGCCAACUGAUCUGUUGUCUGUGUGUCUGUCCAGUUGUCCGUCCCCUUUUAUCAGGAGGAAUUUUCAACCAACGAAAACAGGAAUUUCUUUUUUAUAUUUUGUUUCUUUUUUUAUGAAAUACAACUUUGGAGAAAAAAAAAACACAAACACGAAAAAUAAUGCAACGGAAACUGAAAAUACAAAAAAAAAAAAAAAAAAAAAAAAAACCUGAAACACAAUCUUAUCAUACCUCACACAACACAAAACUCAAAGGAACUUGGGAGGAGUCAUAUUUUGCAGGCACAUGUAAAAGUGCAAAGAUGCAUAUAUAAAAAAAUGUAUAUGUUAAGAUUAUGUGCUUGUCUGUACGCAUCAGUACAAGUUACAAAAGGAGCCUUCCCUCAAGCUCUGGUGCUCUCUAUAUUAGAUUUGGUUUUCCAACGAUUGGGUUGUAACACAAAUAUCCGAAAGUGUUGUUGGAUUAAAAAUAAUCUGGCACAGUCAAUAAGAGUAGACUGUAACUUUAAAAUGUGAACAGCCCAGAGCUUGAGGGAUUCUGACUUUUGUAUAAUGUCUGAGUGUUUUUUGGUAUUGAAUGUAGCUGACAGGAGGGGGCUGGACCUGAGCCCGGCACCCACAACCUAACUUCCACACACCAGCAGAAAGAAAUAGUGGUGUCACAUAGACGUUACAAACAACCAACAAAACUGAGAAUAUAUUGCCCAUCUGCAAGGUGCAAUACGAUGUUAUGUAUUUUUGUAUGUUUUCUGUUCUGUUUUUAUUUCAUUUCUGUUUUUAUUUUGGCCAUAACCAAGGAUGUAAAUACUAAACAAACAGACCUACAACACUCAAAAUGUACCAGAUAUUGCAGAAAAUGCGCAGAAGUAAAUUUAUCCGCUCCAUCCCAAUGUCAUGUAAGAAGAAAAAAAAAAAAAAAGCUAAAUAAUGUGUAAUGCUUCAUACAUUUGUAUGUGUGCACUCUCACACAUGCAUGCUGAUCCAUAUUCAGAAAAUCUCCAUGACAUUAAUCAUAAAACCUGUGCCUCCUCUUGUUUGCAAAGAGAUAGAUUCUUGUCCCUCAUAUACUCACCACAAUGUGCGACAAUGCUACACAUGAAUGCUUAUAGUGUGUGUGUACGUAUUCACCUAUGAAAUCAGGUUCCAAACUAUUGGUGUGAGUGUGUUGCCAGCAGCCACAGUGGCUAAAGGUCAGUAGGGCACUGGGGUUGCUUUGUUGCUAAAGUGGGAGGAGGGGGAGGGGACAUUAAUAGAACUUAUGAUGAGCAUGUUGUUAUUUGGCAUGAAUGUCAGCUAACCUGGCUGCUGGACGGCUCCAUCGGAGUUGGAAAAGUCCAAUACGAGUUUUUCCCCAUUUGCCCACCAGCCCCACUGCCUCACAGGAGCCAGCUGGAAAAAACCUUGAAUGCUCAGUUUGCUGCAAAACAUCCACUGUUAAGUUGACCAGUUUAUUGCAAGGAUCGGUUUAGACAAAGAUAGACUUUUGAGAUUUAUUAGAGUACAGUUUGCAGCUGAUUAGGUUUUUUUUUUUUUGCCAAUAUCUUUGACAUCUCCAGCUAAAAAUAAGAAAAUGUAUCAGUUUGACACAGCGAACAUAAGCAUACCAAGGUUUCCAAGGCUGGCUUUGCUGGGCCUCCAUGCCCACUCCUCCUCCAUAAAUGUUAUUAUCAUGUUUUUUCUAACACGUUGACACAUUGGACAAGGGUAGAGAUUGUCUGUGCUGUUUUUGAUUUUAUGGUUGUGUUUGGUCCCCCCCUAUGCCAAAUGUAAAGUUUAUGAAGACAUGCAAGUAGCAAGAUGUCUAUGCAAUUUCCCUCUUAGUCCCUCUGAAAGAUGACCUCAAUGUAACACCGAGCCAGUCUCGACAUAUGAAAUCAAAUUCGACCUGGCCUGAAUUUCCAGAGGUUCUUUGACCCCAAGUACAAAGACCCAUGGUACUUUGUCUGGGCAAGGGUCUGGACUGCUCGGCUCACCUGGCCUUUAAGCCCAGCUGACUGGCUGGUCCUCAGGGUCAAGGGUGAAGCUCACAUUAUUUGUAGAAGUCCAGGUCCCAGAGAACAAGUAGGAGGGGUACUGGGGAUGUUGUGGAGAAUAUAAGAUGAGAUGUGCUGUUUUUUGUUUAAGACUGCUCGGAAAGUCGUGUGUGUGCAUGUAUAUGCGUGUAGUUUGGAGGAUUUGGAUAUGUCUACUUUGAUCGGUGCUCUCAUUGUUUGGUGGUUUCACUUAAUCCUGAAAAUCGAAAAAUUUGACAAGCCCAUACAUCAAACAUACAUUACACAAUAUGUGUGAGAAGCUUUAACAUUUUUAUUCCACGACUAAGUAAAUGUAGUGUCAGUGUAUUUUGGGUGUAUGAUGUUGAUCAGUGGUAUGUAUGUAGUAAAGUUUACUUAACUGUAGUUAAAUCUGACCUGGUUUGUUUGCAAUCAGAAUUGUUUUUAGAAACUACAUCACCCAAUUGAAAUGAACAUCUACAACUUGCUGACCAUCAAUUCCUCAUAAGCACUUAACUAAAAAGCACUUUGAAUGCCCCUUAACCCACAUUGUAAGUCAGUGACAAUUGUUACAAACUUAAAAAAAAAAAAAAAAAAAAGUAUUAAUUGCACCCAAGCCAAAUGCCUUUUGCACCAUUUAUAUGUCUUUUCUAAAUUAGCUUAAUCCAUCAUAUAAACAGAGCCUUCAGGCGAAGACACUUAAUGAAAUUAUAAAGUUUACAAUAACUUUUUUAAUGAAGUGCAAUAAGUGAGUGAAUGAACCUUUCAUGUGUUUCUGGUCUAAUCAGAUCUUUGUUUCAUUUGUGCAGAAUUACUCCCAUAAUUGCUUUUUUUUCCUUUAAAAAAGAAAAAAAAAAAGUGCAGCCACCUAAGAGCAUCUGACCAAUUCCUCACACACGCACACACAUGCACACACACAAACACAGACCACUUAUUGUGACUGGGUAAAGGAAGCUAUUGAAGGAUUCUCUCAGGUAAAAGAACAUUUUCUAAUAAAUGAUGAUGAACCUUAGAUGAAAACCAUUGUUAGCUCAUCUUUAUUUGUCUUCACAGUUCACAGUCAAAAAGAUGCACAUAUUUUCAGCACUAUUCUGUCCUGGACAAGUGUCAGGAUGAAAAGAUGUAGACGUCAGGUCUACCUCAUCCUUAAAGCAUCCACUCCACACCCUCACUGCUUUCUUAGCCCAAAAUGAAAAUAUUCAUGUUUGGAGGCGGGAGCAUGCUCACGUAUGCCUGUCUGUUUUUAUAUGUUUUUAUGUUUUGUUUGGAUGGGAGUGUUUUGAAGCUCAGUUUGUCUGAGCUUGGUUUGACAUGAAAACACAAUCUUAUUUUUAUGGUAACACUGGGUAGUCCAUCUACAGAUUAUCUUAAAAGUAAAAAACACACAGUGGAGUCACGUAAGUCGCAGAGGCAGUAGAGUUAACAUAAUCACAUUUUGUUGAAUAACUAGUGAACCGUGCAUUAUGCCAUCGCAUUUGAAUAUUUUAUAUUGACAGUUUCUUUCUAUUGAUCUGUAUCGUGACACAAACACUACUGCAAAAUCACAAAAAAAUACUUUUUUUUUUGAGUAGUGAUGAAUGAUUCUUUGUAUUUUGUUUGCAAAUUACAUGUCAGUGUUUGAUAGCAUUGCACCAUUUUAGAAUAAAACACUAACAUAGCCAGAACACCUCCACAUCUAAAAUAAUAUGUAACAUGUCUCAUUGCAUAACUUCGCAAUCCAAAACUCACCUAUUUAAUUCUCAUAUUGAGUUGCAUUUGCUGAAAUAGGCCACACCCAUUUCAACCUAUUUCAAAUUAGUCCGUCAGUAUUUGCGUUAAGCUAGACAAACAUGACAAGUUCUCAGUUAAAUGGGGAUGCUUCAAUUAGAGCAGUGUGGAUUUGGUUUGAAUUCUGUGGGAUUACUCGGACCCCGUUAUAACUGCUUGCAACUAUCGUUUAAGAUUGUUUUUUAUCAUUUGACCAUGUGCUGAAGUAUAAAUAUUUGUUUAAACAAUUAACAUUAGCUGUUGACAUGUUACAGAUACUAUGUAAACUCUGUAGGUGGACUAUCCAAAUAAAGCAUACAUCAUUAUUUAAUUCUCAAAUCUCUAUAAAAGCAAAUUUGUGGCCAUACAGUCUGUAAAAUCCUAGUCUAAAAUCAGAUUCUAGUCAGUAUAUCUUAGGGUGUGCCAGUAGCAAUAUCCAGGUCUCCCUCGCCCUGUUGGUUAAUUGUAUACAUACAGUUGGACACAGCUCCCAUCCAGGCUGGAGGGGAAGGGGGGGGUUGGCUUUGUUUCUCCAUCCACAAGCCUGUUCUGUUUCAGUGUGCUUACCGUUUAGCUUGUAACAUACUGAAAAGGUAAAACAACAGCUGUGCAUGUACAUAGGUGUGUGCAUGUGAAUGUCAGCGUCCAUGUUUAUGUGAGAGAACUGUGACUUGUGCGUGUUAGUGUGCGAAUGCUUUCCUCUGAACGUCUGUGAUGCUGAGAUCUGAUUGACCUGCUUUCACUCCCCCCACCCACCCAUCCACCCACCCUGAACCUCAACAAAAAAAAAAAAAAAAGCACCUUUUUAGGCCGCAGUGCGUGACGGACAUCUGUACAACAAAGUCCUGUCACUGACUUCUAUUAUUUCCUCUGAAGAAUGUAACUAAUAGCGUGUUCAGUGGGCUGAGGGGAGAGUAACAAGGAGGGGAUCAUUUAUAGGUAAGACCGCUGGAGUUGUCAGACAUGAAAACUGGAUUGCAAAAGUGGGUAAUUUCUCAGAGGAAAGGCUUGAAUGAUUCCCACAAACAGAAGGCAGACUGUUUUCAUUGAAGCAAGAAGAGUUACUGCCUUGGAUGCAGUUUGAGGCUUUGUAAUUUUGUUUCUCUUUCCAAAUGAUGGCCUUAUUGAUUGCUCCAGCCUUGUCUGUGACUUUGUUUCACAGCAUGACUCAUAGGGCACUAGAGAAUUUAUUAUUACGACUACAGCACUUAGAGAAUGCAUGUUAAUGAGUCACGUUAAGAGUGGAUUAACGUGCUGGUUUGAAGCUGUUGAGGACUCCCGAGAGCGUUUUAAGAUUAUCACUAGACAUCAUGUUGAAUAACUGAAACUAUGCCAAUACCUUUUCCGUAUCUGUGUUAAUACAACAGAACUCAGUGGGGAAUAUUGAAGCCAAUGUGCUGGAAAAAAAAAAAAAGUGCCAAAUCUGCAUAUUGAGCUCAUGGGAAGGUUGUUGAAAUUCUAAAGCAAAUAUUCAGCUUGUUAGAACUGAAAUCUAAACGGUAGCUGUACUGAUUUAGAGUAAAUGACUGUUAAAAUUUUAUAUUUUCACCCCCACUUGAAAGAAAAGAAAUAAAAAUCUUAUUUUAUCUUAUCCAACACUGAGGUGCAUUGACUGUCUUACACAGUCGCUGAGUCUCUUGACAUUAUCAACAGCUUAUGGACGCAUUAAAUUAUUCUGUAUUGAAAUGGAAUGCGUCAAAUUCCAAGCAAAAACAUAAAGCACUUAUGAAAAACUAUUCCGAUAAAAGCUCAUAUUCUAAGUUUCGUGUUUAGUGUUGCUUAGACUAUCUACAAAGAGAUUUAUCGUCAUGAGAUAUUUUUAUAAACGGGUGGGAAAUCGCAUGCCUAGACAGCUAAGAAUGUAAAAGAAGUACAUUAUGUAUUAAUGGUAUAUCAAUUAGAGCUAUAGAUCAGAGAUGACAUGAAUUAUAUAAGAGUAAAUGUGUUGUAGGUUGGAGAAUAUAUGCAAUGUUUGUCAGGAAAAAAAUAAUAAUAAAUUGGAUUGGAUCAGAACUGCUCAGGUUUGAUAAGCCGGCCUUAAAGGGUGCUUUCCAUUGUCUAUUUUCCAAUCCUGUCACUCCGGUCCUUACAUGUUCCUUGUCCACUGUUGUGUCGAAUCCCUUCAGAUCAUAGUAUACUCUAUCAGCUCCUUUGGCACAUACAAAAGCCCGCUGUUGAAUGCAAAACCAGAAGAAAUAUACACUCUACUCCACUAUCUUUGAAAAGAAAAGGGUCGAUUUAUCAACUGUUUUCCGUUCUGUAGCAGGUCCAAGCCACUUUAAACAGCACCAGCAAAUCACCAACAACCACCUCUUUAAGGCUUCAUGUCCACUGGGAGCAUCUCCUUUCUUUACCACCUUCCUGCUCACUUUGUUUACAACGGAAAGGAUUCAAUGUCACAUGUCCCAAGCAGAGAGAUUAACGUAUAUAUGUAUAAGUAUGUAUUAAAGAACACUAAGAUUCAGAGAGGUUUUCCUGACGACAGCAGGACCACAAAGGGGCUUUAAAGCAGAUUACCUGGUGGACUUGAGUCUUGUAUGCAGCAGUUGGUGCUGGAGGUGUUUCCAUGUCAGACUCUUCUUUCUUAUGUUGUACAAAUGUCUGUAAACUGUAUGUGUUUGUUAAAUAUUUUACAGUUUGCUGUCCUAUACAGUAGAGAAUGGCCUAAGUUUAAAUCUAAAGACAGGUGUGUCUAUAAAUAUAAAGAAAAAGUAAACUCUGCAGUGUUGACAUUGUAAAAAAACAAAACAAGUUUACAUUUUCUUGAUUUAACAUACAUAAGGGCCGAAAAUCUCUUUAAAAGUCUGGACAGUGAAUUUCUACACAUCUUUUGCAAACCAGGUCUGUUUAUAUAUUUCACCAUAUUUGACCAAUCGCAUGCUCAAACACAACCUCACAAUCUGUGAAGUUAAAGUUUUCUCUGGGUUUUGAAUUUUUUUUUUUUUUUUUUUUUUUUUUUUUUUGCUUUGCGAUUUCUACGGUAUUUUUCCUCAGAUUUUCUCAAGGACUUUGUUCAGCUGGUCUGUCACCUGCUCGACAUUGGAGACAAUACAAUAUAUAGACUUCAAACCAGCAGUAGAUAUAUUAAAACUAACAAAUAGAGCUAUAAAUAACACUCACCAUAACUGCUUAUACGAUGACUUUCAGAUUUUUAUAUUUGUUACUUUUGUAUCACUCCUUUAAGAGUUCCUUGCUUCACUGUGACUGCAAAGAAUGCUGGGAAAAUUAUGAUGAAGAGAGGUGUAUUGCAGAUACUCAGGGGCCAUGACUUGUCGGGUCAGGGUCAGUUAGUAGUUAGUUAGUAGGUGCCAAAGACAGGAUAUGACAUGUUCUUGUAGGUUAUGUUGUGAGAGUUUCAAUGUAUUGAGGCUUAUGUGACUGGAAACAACAGCCGUUAGAGUGAAACACGCCUUUUGUAGGGUGUUGCAUGUAAGUUUAUUGAGAGAAUGUGAAACCAAAGGGAGCAUAGAUCCAGAUAAGCAUCUAUAUUAAGUAAAUGAUAGCAUAUUUACAGAUUAAUAGAUACAUUUUAAACCACAAACCGAUGGACAGAGGAUACAGCAUACAGGGAAACACGUAGCCAUUCAUUGUCCGACAACCAGAGAUGUCUUCUGUCUCUAGGUUGAUCCCAAGGUGCCAGAUCUCGAUAGAUUGUA